AUUUAUCUGCCCUGUGUCCUGCAGACAAAGAAACGCUACGUGGGUUUCAUGUAUGAGACCCAGGAUCAGAUCCAGCCUGUAUAUGAUGCUAAAGGAAUUGAAACAGUUCGCCGGGAUGCCUGCAGUGCUGUUUCCAAGAUCUUAGAACGCUCCAUCAAGGUGCUCUUCUCCACCCAUGACCUGUCCCGGGUGAAACAGUAUGUGACUCGCCAGCUGCACAAACUGCUGGAAGGCAAAGUUAGCAUCAUUGACCUCAUCUUUGCCAAGGAGUAUAGAGGCUCGGCCGGGUACAAACCUGGAGCAUGCAUCCCAUCACUGGAAAUUGCAAG